GGGGGCACGUCAGAAGCCAAGAAGAAGAAACGUCCGUCUCCAUGUGACCAUGAUGACGUCAUCAGACUCAUCGGACAGCACCUGCACGACCUGGGGCUGAACCAGACGGUGGAUCUCCUGAUGCAGGAGUCUGGCUGCAAGCUGGAUCAUCCCUCUGCCACCAAGUUCCGCAACCACGUCAUCGAAGGAGACUGGGACCAGGCUGAGAGUGACCUGAAUGAACUGAAGGCCUUGAUGCAUUCUCACGCUGCUGUAGUGCGGAUGAAGUUCCUGCUGCUGCAGCAGAAGUACCUGGAAUACCUGGAGGAUGGGAAGGUCCUGGAGGCUCUGCAGGUCCUGCGAGCCGAGCUCACGCCUCUCAAGUACAACACAGAGCGGAUCCACAUCCUGAGUGGGUACUUGAUGUGCAGUCAUGCAGAGGACCUGAGGCUCAAAGCUGAGUGGGAGGGAAAAGGCCUGGCAUCCAGAACCAAACUGCUGGACAAACUUCAGACUUAUCUACCUCCUUCAGUCAUGUUGCCACCUCGUCGCCUCCACACUCUCCUGCGGCAGGCCGUGGAGCUGCAGAGGGAGCGCUGCCUCUACCACAACACCAAACUGGACGGUGGGCUGGACUCGGUCUCCCUGCUGCUGGACCACGCCUGCAGCCGGAAGCAGUUCCCCUGCUACACUCAGCAGAUCCUGACUGAACACUGUAAUGAAGUUUGGUUCUGUAAGUUCUCCAACGAUGGCACCAAGCUGGCCACCGGCUCCAAAGACACAACCAUCAUCUUGUGGCAGGUCGACACGGAAACUCAGCAGCUGAAACUGAUGAAGACUCUGGAGGGCCACGCUUACGGGGUGUCCUACCUGGUGUGGAGUCCAGACGACGCCUACUUGCUCGCCUGCGGUCCUGACGACUGCUCGGAGCUGUGGCUGUGGAACGUCCAGACGGGGGAGUUACGAACAAAGAUGAGUCAGUCUCACGAGGACAGCCUGACCUGUGCAGCCUGGAAUCCAGACGGCAAACGCUUCGUCACCGGCGGCCAGAGAGGCCAGUUCUACCAGUGUGACCUGGACGGGAACCUGCUGGACUCGUGGGAGGGGGUUCGGGUCCAGUGUCUCUGUUGCCUGGGCGACAGCCGGACGGUCCUGGCGUCUGACACCCACCAGCGCGUUCGAGGAUACAACUUCGAGGACCUGACAGACAGAAACAUAGUGCAGGAGGACCAUCCCAUCAUGUCCUUCACCGUCUCCAGAAACGGAAGAUUGGCUCUUCUUAACGUGGCCACUCAGGGCGUGCACCUGUGGGACCUGCAGGACCGGGUUCUGGUCAGGAAGUACCAGGGAGUGACCCAGGGCUUCUACACCAUCCACUCCUGCUUCGGAGGGCACAAUGAAGAUUUCAUUGCCAGUGGCAGUGAAGACCACAAAGUCUACAUCUGGCACCGGCGCAGCGAGCUGCCCAUCGCAGAGCUGACGGGACACAACCGGACGGUGAACUGUGUCAGCUGGAACCCGGUUCUGCCCGGACUGCUGGCCAGCGCCUCCGACGACGGGACGGUCCGAAUCUGGGGACCCGCCCCCUUCCUGGACCCCCAGGACCCAGAGGGGAUCGGGGGAUGCAGCAGCAUGGACAGCUGAUGCUCUUCAGCGUGGCUGUGAGCGGCACUAAGAGCCUGGAGACACUUGAAUGGAGCAGAGCAAAGACUUGAUUGGAUAUCUGCUGGGUGGAGGCGUGGCCACCAGGCCGGAGGUGCAGCUGGACUCCUCCUCCUCUUAUUUAUUGUCCACCCCCGUAUUUAUUCAGGACUUCUGAGCCUGCAGAACCAGGAGGGUUCUGUGUUCUGCAGCUUCUCCCUGACACACACAGCGUUGGAAAUAUGAACCGUCAGCCGUUGUGUGGGACAGUGGAACCUUCUCAGCCAUCAUGGAAGACAAUGCUGCGUUGUCUGCUGUCACUUAUGCAUGUGUGGUGUGGUACGUUCUUAGCCAUCGUGUGAGAGCCAUCUAUUCUCACAUGUAUGACAACAGAGUUCUCCUGUCAUGUAUGACGUGACGUCUUCUCCCCUGUGUGCUUUUCUGGUGCUUUUCCACCAGUACCUACUCAGCCCGACUCGCCUCAGUUUGGUUCUUCUCCACUAGGGGUCUAACGUGCCGAGUAGAUACUUUUCUGUAUCUACUUUGCCGAGGUUCUAAGCUGCUGAGUCGGCUGUAUCUGACAUCAUCACACUACAGGCCACCGAUUGGUCGGGGGCUGAGGAGAGAAUUACGAGAAUAAAGUCAUAAUGUUACGAGAAUAAAGUCGUAAUAGAAUUACCGUAAGUCGUAAUAUUAUGAGAAUAAAGUCGUAAUAUUAUGAGAAUAAAGUCAUAAUUUGAGAAUAAAGUCAUAAUAUUACGAGAAUAAAGUCGUAAAAUUACGAGAAUAUAAUUUAUGAGAACUCUAACAGGAAGAGCAGUCUUCUCCCUGUGUUAAAAUGAGGAAUAUUGAGCAUCUUGUGAAGUUAUAUUUAUAUAUUUAUAAUAUAUUUACUAUUACGACUUUAUUCUCGUAAUUUUACGACUUUAUUCUCGUAUUAUUAUGACUUUAUUCUCAUAAUUUCCAUUUUUUUUUGUCUUAGUUUGGCCCUAAUACUCCGUCGUACCCUGCUGACUAAUUAGAAGAAAAAAAAAGCGUCGCCGCUUGAAGCUUCUCUCACUCUCAUUUUUUAACUUGACAUCAAACACAAGCCACAGACCCAGCAGCACAUCUAUCAUCUCCUCCAGGUUCUACAUCUUUAGUGUUGUUGUCUUCUUCCUUUAGAUACACAAUCAAAUACGUCACAGCAGCUUCACUCCAACCUCCUACUUCUCCAGGUGCUGAAUUGUUAUGGAAAAGAAACCAGGUCGAGUAGAGCUGAGUAGGUUUUAGUGGAAAAGCCCCAUUUGUCUCGUCUGGUCUCUCCUCCCUCUGGUCUGCACUCUGGUGUGGUUUUAUUGUUUCACUAGUUGAAUAUUUGAAUAGUUUUGGGUUCUUGGAGACGUGCUGGAGGAGUUUCCAGCUGUGCAGCUGCAGGAUGAACAUCUGUCCAGGCGUGGGGAGUUCAGGGACCGUGUGCUGUGGAGGACGAUUCCCCGUCAGAGACCCUGCUCACACCAGUCCAUGAAGACGACAAACUUUCCCUCGGUGGUUCUUCUACAGCAGCAGAACUCACAGUGAACAAUAAUGAUGUUUUUAAUCACGUUCUACACAUUUUCUCACCAUUUCUGUUGUUUAUACAUAAGUGAGCUUAGAGGACAAGCACGUCUACACUCACACUCUAACACAGAUAGAUGAAUUUAUACAACAUUGCAUUUCCUUUGCCUGACCUGUGUUUCAGUGUUGCGCCUGCUGUUAUUUUUUGUGUACAUUUUCUUUGAGCUGCAUAUGAAGCACCGGUUUUUAACAGAUCUACUUGUUGUUUCCUCCACACUUCUUUGUUGACUUCUGUGUUGGAUCAAACUGAAGUUCUGGUCCUGGAGAAAGCUGCAGGACUCUGAGGAUCAGCUUCACCUGCUUCACCUCCUCCAGCUUCACCUCCUCCACCCCGGGGCUCAGGAGGUCUGACCCCCAGAGAGCUUUGGGGGGGUUGGCCUCACUCAGACGGGUCCAGGGGGAACUCCGUCAUAGAACUCAGGUGUACGGAAGAGUAUUAGGGCCAGGCAGGAGGAAAAUUAAAUACAAAUAAUAUUUUACAGGAGGAAGAUUUUUUUUUAUUUGAUUUUUUUUUUACUUCGAUAAAAAAGUCAAAAUGUCGAGAAAAAAGUUGAAAUGUUGGGGAAAAAAGUCAAAAUUUCGUGAAUAAAGUUGAAAUGUUGAGAAAAAAGUCAAAAUUUCGUGAAUAAAGUUGAAAUGUUGAGAAGAAAGUUGAAAUGUCAAGAUUAAUGUUGAAGUAUAAUUUCAAGAAAAAAGUCGAAAUGUCGAGAAAAAAUUCAUAAUGUUGAGAAAGAAGUCGAAAUGUUGAGAAAAAAGUCAAAAUUUCGUAAAUAAAGUUGAAAUGUUGAGAAAAAAGUCAAAAUUUCGUGAAUAAAGUUGAAAUGUUGAGAAAAAAGGCGAAAUUUCGACAUUAUUCAUGAAAUUACAACUUUAUUCUUGAAAUUGUAUUUGUAUAUAACAAUAAUCUCAACAUUUCAACUUUUUUCUCGACAUUUCAACUUUUUCUCGAAGUGCACAAUAAAAAAGAAUCUUCCCCUCUCAAAUAUGUUUCCUCCUGCCCGGCCCUCAUACUGUUCCGUCCAGGUGGGGGUUGGUUGGAGGUCUGGCACCAUCCUGGGUUCAGGUAGAGCCCUGGUUAACAGGUCUGUGGUCUGUGAUCCUCAGGUGGAGGUGGGUGGAGGUCUCACCUCCAUCACAGAGAUCACUGGAGCUCCGGCCUCUUUCACAGGGGAAACGGUGGAGCGUUUUCUGACCAGAUCUGCCAUGGAGACAAGAGUGCAAGUACGGCUGGGUGGGUGGGGGUCUGGGCUCCAUCAUGGAGCUCGGGUGGGUGGAGGUCUGACCUCCGUCAGAGGACUCAGGUGAAGCGUGGGUGGAGCUGGGAUUCCUGCAGCUCAUUCAGGAUCUCCACUUGUUACAAAUGCAGUAGAAACUGUUUUUCCUGCGGUUUCUGAAACAAGCCACUUUCCACUGAGAUGUUGUUGCAGAAGUGAUUGUACUGUCCAGCCUAGUUCUGUAGGAAAACUGUUGUGCGUGUGUUUUAAAUAAAGAAUUCAGGGUUUUAAAAAAGUAAGUUCAUGUGCAACUGAGUAGAGAGCUGCCUUCACUGACUU